UCACGUGACGGAACCCGGAAGUGAGAGACGGUUUGAAAGAGUAGGGUUUGCAGCUUCUAACUUGUAUAGUGAGCAUAUUUAAUCGACAGUAUGAGUCAGGAAUAUAUGAUAAAGCUACAAACUGCAACGAGAGAAAAGCUGAGAAGAUUUAACUCCCUGCGCGCUCGAGAGGUGCAGCCCGGUGAGUUUUGGGACGUGGUGGUUGUGACCGCGGUGGAUGUGAGUCAGAAAGAAGCGUAUGAGCUGCAGAUCAGAGGCAAAGUUGACCGGAAGGAGCUUCCCCUCGGAGUUCACUACAAGGUCCUCUCAGAUCCGCCCGGACCUAAAAUAGGGAACGGUGGCUCCACUCUACACGCGCUGCAGCAGCUGAGUGACAUCUAUGAGAAGACUCUGAGCAGGCUGAGAGUCAUCCUCAUCCAUGCAGGAGGCUUGAGUCAGCGUCUGCCCAGCGCCAGCGCCCUGGGGAAGAUCUUCACCGCCGUGCCGCUGGGCGACCCUCUCUACCAGAUGCUGGAGCUCAAACUGGCCUUGUACGUGGAUUUCCCGUCGCAGAUGAAGCCUGGCGUACUGGUGACCUGUGCAGACGACAUAGAGCUCUACAGUACUGCAGAGCAUGAGAGUGUUACGUUUGACAAACCUGGCUUCACAGCUUUAGCCCACCCCUCCCCGCUGUCUAUUGGGACGACCCACGGAGUGUUUGUGUUGGAUUCAAAAGAAAAGUCUCCCUCCUCUGAAAUGGAGAACACUUCCUGCCUACGCUUCCUGCACAAGCCGAGCAUCAGUGAGAUGCGAGGCAGAGGAGCUGUGUGUAAAAGGCAGAGUGGUUGUUUUUCUCUUUCUGACACUGAGUUUGUCUACACGGACAGCACCUAUUAUAUCGACUUUGAUACUGCAAAGUCUCUUCUUAAACUGCUGAAGGAGUUGGGGCCUUUGGACUGCGAGGUAGACGCAUACGGGGACUUCCUCCAGGCACUGGGCCCUAAAGCUACGAUCGAUUACACCAGCAACACUGCGAAUGUCACCAAAGAGGAGAGCAAUCUGGUGGAAAUCCGCCAAAAGAUCUUCCAUCACCUAAAAGGAACUCCUUUGAAUGUUAUUCUCCUGAACAACUCUAAGUUUUAUCACAUUGGCACCACAUCAGAGUACCUCUUUCACCUCACUGAGGACGUGACGCUGAGGAGUGAGCUUGGCCUCCUGUCAUCUGCCUUCAGCGUCCACAUGAAUGAAAACUCCUCAGGAUGCUGUGUCAUGUACAGCGUCCUCAAUCCUAGUUGCUCUGUGGGAGCUGGAUCAGUGGUGGAGUACUCUAGACUGGGAGCAGGAGCUUCUGUAGGUUGUGGCUCCAUCGUCAGCAGCUGCUGGGUCAGUGCAGGCCUCUCGGUGCCUGAUGGAGUCUUCAUGCAUUCACUGUGUGUGAAUCACAAACACCAAACCAGGUUUGUAACCGUUGUUUUUGGGAUCAAUGACAACUUAAAGCGCAGCGUUGAAUCCCCUGCGUACAUGGAAGAGCUGACGCUUUUUGGUUUGAGCCUGGCUGAGUGUCUGUCCCACUGGGGGCUGAAAAAUGAAGUCCUGAGGUUCUCCGGUGAUGCGUCCAGCUGUAGUUUGUGGAACGCUUGUUCGUUUCCUAUUUGCUCCGAUCUACAAAGCUCGUUCUCCAUGUCUCUGGAGAUGCUGCAGGCUGCACUGAGUGGCUCUACGUUCACUUUACCCAAAGACACAAAGCUGAUGUCUAUGCAAGAGGCCCUACAGUGUAAGAACCUGGAGGAGAUGUUGAAGUUCAGGAAGGGACUAUAUGAAGACAUCACACAGAAGAGACCCAACAACUGAGAUUAUGUGUCACCUUAAGUACGAGAUAACAUUGAUUUUUCCUUGAAUAAUUGAUGUGUGAUCAUUCAAAGAUCAAAUAAUGUCAGGACCAGGGGCGGAUUGUCAGACAAUGGGUGCCUUGGCACAGAUAUGCAAAAGCCCCGCCUUCAUAGGGGCAAGAUGCAAAGACCUCAUUUUGUGUAACUGUUUCGCAUCUCUUUGUAGUUGUAAAGCAUCUUUGUGGCUUUGUGUCUCUUUAUUGUCAUUUUGUUUUUUUGCCCCUUUUGUAGUUACUGUAAAACUUUUACUAGCCUGGUGCUACACAUUUUGACAAAUAAAGGCCUGUCUCAAUUAGACAUCUGAUCUGGUUGCCAAGCAUUCAUUCAUUUUCUGUCACCGCUUAUCCUGUUGGGGGUCGCGGGGGGGCUGGAGCCUAUCCCAGCUGACAUUGGGCGAGAGGCGGGGUGCACCCUAGACAAGUCACCAGACUAUCACAGGGCUGACACAUAGAGACAGACAACCAUUCACAGUCACACUCACACCUACGGGCAAUUUAGAGUCACCAAUUAACCUGCAUGUCUUUGGACUGCGGAGGAAGCUGGAGUACCCGGAGAAAACCCACGCUGACACAGGGGGAACAUGCAAAUUACAUACCAGAAAACCUCAUGCUGUGAGGCGACAAACUGUGAGGCUGGUGAAGCUAACCACUGCUCCACCGUGCCGCCUUGAUCGCCAACUAGUUCAUCUUUAUUGUUCUUUGGAUAUAUAAAACAGGUUGUUGGCUACUCACUUAAGCUAUUCCUGGUCAGUACAUGGCAAUUUGAGUGACAUAUUGCAGUUGAGGACGAGGGGGCUCCCCUUACACUUUAGGCCCCUGGGUCUGUGCCCAGAAGGUCCAUGAUCAGGACUAUGAGUUUUUGUCAUUUGAUUUAUUGUGGUAUAACAUUUCAUUAAGCUCAUCCUUGAUUUUUUAAAAGUUCUGUAAGUUUUUUAAUUGUAAAUAAAACAUUUUGGUGUCU